UUGAAAUCCGAAAUAAACCUCGUGUGGUUUUACAGCUUGAGAAACGUUGACAUGUCGACACAUGGGUGACCUGGCCUGGUUGGUUGACAAUUUACUUUCGAGACUACUACCACGUAGUUUCGACGUAGACGUACGGACGUGUGUAGCAUCUCUUCCUUCUGCGAUUUCGUCGAGUGAAGUUUAGUAAGUAUUUCCUUCUUCUGCCGGCGGCACAGCACUACCUCAAUGCCAAAGAACACUUGUUUCGUCAAGACAGGGCAAGGAGUAACUAAAUUGCUGAGACAGAGGAGAUGACGCCUUAUCUGCCACUUUUUGUGGCUUUGGCUUGGCACAUGUUGGUGUGUUUGACGGGAACGGAUGGUCAGUUGCAAUGGAGACGAUUGCCGAUAACUAGCAGUGUUUCCCCUCCAGUCAGAAAAGACAUGGGUGUGGGUUAUGAUGAUGAGAAACGCAUCCUUUACGUGUAUGGUGGUCGUGGAAGAACCUCUGGUUCUGACCUCUGGAUAUACAACUUGACGUCGCAGGCAUGGCGACAGUUGAACUAUAUCGGGAAUGGUCCAGCAGCAAGGUUCUCCAUGGUCAGUGGAUACUCAGCUAUAAGUAAACAGUUUGUAGUGGCCACUGGAGAGCUCAUACCAAGGGCGAAGCGAUUCGCUAACGACAUCUGGUCCUACAACAUCACCACGAAUCGCUGGACGGAGCUUCCUGCACGCGGCACAGUUCCACAUCCACGCUAUGGUGCCACAGGAGGACUGCACACGAAUGGCACCAGUUUGUAUGUCACCCACGGCUUUUCUCGGCGGAGAUAUUCCGACACGCUGCGAUACGACCUGUCCUCAAAUCGCUGGCACACCGAGUUUGGGGGCACCAACCCCUACUCAGCCACACUGCCGAAGCCAAGAUGCCUCCAGGGCGGUACAAUGGUAACGCCCGAUGAAACCGUCUUGUACGGUGGUUGCUUGAGUGGUGGUCAAAGCGGUGGCCCGUGUCCUUCAGUGGACUCCUGGGCCAAGCAACGCGGCUCUACAUGGAGAGAGAUGAAGGAGUGUCCAUCAGCAAGAAUGUUCUCCGGUAUGGCACCAUGGCCAAUGAAGACGCGUACCGUUGUCAUGUUUGGUGGAUUGGAGAAGCGGGCAGGCCUGAUCUCCAAUAAGGAAGGCCUACGUAAUGAAGUUGAUGUCCUGGACAUUGCCUCUGGCCAGUGGAAGCGUGUUACAACGGAAGGAGACGCACAGCAUGGUGUGCCAGCAUGGCGAGUAGGGCUGCACCUCAUAGCCACUCGCAACAGUGUGCUGCUCUAUGGUGGCGAUCCACAAGUGGACAGUUAUGUUUGGGAGCUCACUGGUGAUAUAGACCUAGCACCGAGUGCAGGCAAAUGUGGUCCGCACUGGUUUGCUUGGCCACAUCUACACGGACUGUUUAUGAUCUUGUCCUGGGGAUUCCUACUUCAAGCUGGCGCUUUCAUCGCCCGUUACUUCCGCGACUACAAGCCGCCGCUCUGGUUCAAAUUACACCAGGCACUUCAGAUAUCUGGUGUGGUAGUCAGUACCCUCGGUGUGGUGUUCGUCCUGCCUGGGACCCUGGCAGUUCCCAACUUUGCCCACACCAUCAUUGGCGUUCUUAUCCUACUCUGGAGCAUCCAGCAGACUAUCAAUGGAAUAAAGCGCCCUCACAAAGAAGAUCCGCCAACAAAAACGCGACAACAUUGGGAGGUGUUUCACAAGUGUGGUGGCCGACUCUUCCUCAUCCUGGCGCUCAUUAACAUCUUCUUGGGCCUGUACUUGGUGAUGGCCCCUGCCGCGGUCAUUAUCAUCUGGUCGAUUUUCUUCGGCUUACUUGUUAUUGCUUACGCAGUGUUUGAAUACCGCCUGCAGCAUCAACGCACCGCAGCUCCGGGCCCUGCAAAGUUCUCACCCUCCUCAGUAUCGGUUGCAAGGACUUCAUGAUGCUUGUACGGGUUGUGUGUGCGCAGCAAUGGCCUCUUUUAAACUUUUGAAGUGUUUGAGCCAGAGUCAGUACUCUAGAUGCAUGCACCAAUGUGCUGGCACAUGGAUGUUUGUGUUUUCUCCCAAUGCGUGUAAUUGCAGUAUACUACGCACGAGCUCAUUCUAUCAUUCUAUUUCUGAAAUAUCUACAAUGUGUGUAUCUGCAAUGUGUGUAUCUACAAUGUGUGUAUCUACAAUGUGUGAAAUGUACAGUAAGUAGACACUGACAGUUAUCUUGGUCAAAGCAUGCUUUGCUUUAUAACCAAUCUCCUAACGAACGUCACUUUUUAAAGUCAGAACCCCCCCCUCCCAACACAAACACACACACGCGCGCGCGCAUUCACUUCUACUUCAAAGGGUAUAUUUUAUUGGCUGUUGCAUUUCUUUUGUGCAGCAUGUUUGGAUGAGAUGACUGAGCAUUUUCUUUUCCUAUCUUUAGACCGUAGCUCAACCAUAUCAGUACUGACACUUGUCCCCGCCGUUUGCGGGAUCCUCCUCCUUGAUUAAGCCGCACUGAAUCAUUUUUAAAUUAGUUUCAAGUCUCGACCUGCCGCAAUGAUUGGUUUUACUGUUU